AUGCUUGAGCAACACAUCGUCGUUGAUGCUAACGAUAGCGCCUAUCAAUCGACGGACUUUUGCGUCCUGUCGCCGAAAGCGCAGGCCUGCAAGUGUAGCGAUGAGUGCAUGCUCAUCUUUGAAAACUUUGGUGCAGUGUUUAUUGAAAGCUACCUGCCGAGAUUCAAGAACGUUUUAGAGAAGCUGGAUGAUAACCUAUGA